AGAACAUCGACCAGGAUGAAGCUGGUGAGAGCGAAGCCUUGUUGGAAGCCGCUCCUUUGCAACGCCAUUUCUUUAACAAACUCCUGGAGACUUGUGGCAAAUGGCAGAAAGAGCUUCCCGCCCUGAAGCCGUCGAAGCACAACCUUCAGAUUUCGAUCCACACAACCCGUAAUACUCGACGGAAGAUGGAGGAUAGACAUGUCUCCCUGCCGGAAUUUAAUCAACUGUUUGGCCUGGAGGAUGGCGUAGAUCGGGCCUACUUUGCCGUCUACGAUGGUCACGCAGGGAUCGAGGCCGCUAAUUAUGCUGCUGCCCAUUUGCAUGCCAACUUGGCGCAUCACGAGAAGCUUCUGGAAAGCCCGGCGGAAGCGCUGAGAGAUUCCUUCCAGAAGACGGACGAGAUGUUUCUCUCGAGAGCCAGGAGAGAG